AUGGCUUUGCGCCAACUCUCCUCUAGCCAGGGCCCAUCAAACCCAGAAGUAGCGACGGCCAUCACAGACAAGGAUCAACUAAAUUCUGUCACUAUUAAUAACUCCACAUCCUGUGCUGUGUCUUCCUCCAAACCAGAGCAUAAAUACGCUUCCGAACUGUGUGAUGAGAAGCCUUUCUCAUCCGAUUUUAAAACGCCUGAAGAUUCAAAUACUUCCUCUAAAAUCGCAACGGCCUCAUUGCCCCCCCUUCUUGAGUCGUUGAAUCUUGCACGUCGAGCAGUCCAACAGAGCCCAACAGACGGAACCGCUUGGUCGACACUUGGCAACGCAUUGUUCUCUUAUUUCUUCUCGACCUCUCUUGGCCCUAGAGUUCGCAUCACCUCCUGUCCAACUGCAGGCACGGAGCUUCGCCAGUGUUUAGCAGCUUAUGCACAGGGCGCACGGGAUCUGCGAACCGCACUUGAACCGAACUUCCACUACAAUCGGGGAGUCGCAUGCCACUAUCAGGUUAUUGUCUGA